GUCCACACAAGAGAAGGGAGAUGAGGGAUUUAAACUACUUUAGUUUGAAUAUCAGUUUGGCCCCUACACUUUUUAUUUGAAAAAGUUAACCUUUACACUUGCACUUCGGAACAAAUCAACACUUCAAUUUUAUUUCUUUAUCAUAAGAUCAAUAAGUACAAUUAAGUCUUUUUUUUCCCUUUCUCUUUUUCGAAGUUUUUCAAUUACAGAAUAAAAAGGAGAGAGUUUUAGUACUGGAGGCUAUCUUAAAAUUUUUGGAAUUGAACCUUGUGCAAUGAAUGUAUUUUUAAGUAAUUCUUUUUGUUUUUGCUUGCAUUUGUUACCCAGCCUACUGCCUAGUAACACUAAACUAUUAGCUACGUUAUGCUAACAAGAGUUUACUAGAUACAACAUUGAGAACUAAUACAGCUAUGCUUUGACAUGCGCACAGGAUGGUGCGAGAAGAAUGGGGUACUGCUUUUGGUGUACGAAUACAUGCCCAAUGGCAGCUUGGACAAUCACCUAUUUUGUGCGUCGCAGAACGAGGAGACGCUCGGAUGGAACCUGAGAUACAAGAUCAUAUCAGGAGUGGCAUCCGCGCUGCAUUACCUCCAUAAUGAAUAUGACCAGAAAGUGGUGCACCGGGACCUCAAGGCCAACAACAUCAUGCUUGACUCCAACUUCAACGCUCGGCUAGGUGACUUUGGGCUAGCACGGGCGUUAGACAAUGAGAAGACCUCUUAUGCUGAGCUGGACGGUGUGCAGGGGACCAUGGGCUACAUUGCCCCCGAGUGCUUCCAUACUGGCAAGGCCACCUGCGAGUCGGACGUCUAUGGCUUUGGGGCGGUCUUGCUCGAGGUGGUGUGCGGUCAGCGUCCGUGGACCAAGGUCACAGGCUUCCAAUUGCUUGUGGAUUGGGUUUGGUGGCUGCAUCGAGAGGGACGCAUACUGGAGGCUGUGGAUGAAAGACUAGGAAAUGACUACGUGGUUGAGGAAGCCCAGAGGCUUCUGCUUCUUGGGCUGGCUUGCUCCCAUCCGAUAGCCAGUGAGAGGCCAAAAACUCCGUCUGUUGUUCAGAUCAUAUCAGGAGCUGUGUCAGUGCCGCACGUCCCACCAUUCAAACCCGCUUUUGUUUGGCCUUCCUCAAUCCCAGGUAGCAGCAGCAUGAUGGCAAAUAUUGCAGCAAGUGAUACUGCUUCCAUUACAACGUCAUCUUGGAAUUUUGCAUCAGAUUCAGGAUCAAGGUGGACAGCUAAAUACGCAAGCAUGGAAAGCAACGUUGGAGGAGGUUUCAGUGAAAGCUCUCCCGUGUUAAGUUUCUCAUGAGAUUAGUUUACUGGUGGAACGUAUCCUCUUUGAUAAUUCUCUCUGUAUUUUUGUUUCUGUUUUUCUCAGUUUCUUAAAGAAACGCACGUGAUUCUUUAUCUUCAAGCGUGAACUGUAUAUAAUUGUGCGAGUUGGAAGGAAUCCAAUUGUAAUUGUGUAUACUUUGACUUGUAGUAUUAUUGAUUUAAUUUCUCACUUUUCUUUGUCCUA